AGACAGAAAAUUCAGAAAAUUUUCCGAACUGUCAUUCGUCAUUGCGAAAAUUUUUUACUACGUGAGAAAUCAUCAUAGUUGCGUGAAUUCGAAUUCAAAUAAAAUUUUUAGCCAGAAAUUUGUGGCGAUACGCUUUUCAAAAAAAUCUUUACGUGGUGCAAAUAAACAUUUUUAAAUGUUUGUUGAGGGUAAUUUUUCUGUAUCAGCAGUCGUCGCCCUAGCAGCGCAGAUUAGCAGCAGCAGCAGCGACAUAGAGUUAUAAGAAUCACAAAGAAAAUAGUGCAAGAUAAGAAAAUAGUGCUCCAAAAUAAAAAAAAAAUCAUCGUUAAUUAUAUAUUCUACAACCGAGGCAGCAAGUAAUUGUGACUGUGUUUGUGCUUUUACGGCCUCACCAGCAAACCCACAAAAAAAAGCAAAUAACAAUAGCAGAACCAUCGGAAACACUACCUCGUCAAUACUGCACCAAAAGCGAACCUAAUUAGAUAUCUGAAUACAUUAUGCCACAAUCACGUGCUGCCGCAGCUGAGGCUGCGGCCACUGGAUGUGUUCCACAACCACUGGUUAAAAUUGGUCAUUAUCUGUUGGGCGCAACGCUCGGCACGGGUACAUUUGGUAAGGUGAAGAUUGGCGAACAUCAGAUGACGCACCAUAAAGUGGCAGUAAAAAUCCUAAAUCGUCAGAAGAUCAAAAGUCUCGACGUUGUUGGUAAAAUACGCAGGGAGAUACAGAAUUUGAAACUCUUCCGACAUCCCCACAUCAUUAAGCUUUACCAGGUAAUUUCAACGCCUACAGACAUUUUUAUGAUUAUGGAGUACGUUAGCGGCGGGGAACUCUUCGAUUACAUCGUCAAACAUGGAAAAUUGCAGGAGCACGAAGCACGUCGUUUCUUUCAGCAAAUAAUCUCGGGCGUCGACUACUGUCAUCGUCAUAUGGUUGUGCAUCGUGAUUUGAAGCCCGAAAAUUUGUUGCUGGAUCAUAAUUUACAUGUGAAGAUUGCCGAUUUCGGUUUGUCCAACAUGAUGUUAGAUGGUGAAUUCUUACGCACCUCUUGCGGUUCACCCAACUACGCCGCGCCCGAGGUCAUAUCCGGUAAACUCUAUGCUGGCCCGGAGGUGGAUAUCUGGUCAUGUGGUGUUAUACUUUAUGCUUUAUUAUGCGGCACACUGCCAUUCGAUGAUGAACAUGUGCCUACAUUGUUCCGAAAAAUCAAAUCGGGCAUCUUCCCAAUACCAGAGUACCUUAACAAGCAGGUGGUCAAUUUAGUUUGUCAAAUGUUGCAAGUUGAUCCACUGAAACGCGCUACUAUGGAGGAAAUUAAAAAACAUGAAUGGUUUCAAAAGGAAUUGCCCUCAUACCUCUUCCCAUCCUCCAUUGAACAGGAUUCAAAUGUCAUUGAUAUCGUUGCAGUUGCCGAAGUUUGUGGCAAAUUCGGUGUAAAAGAGACGGAAGUGCACAACGCACUACUAAGCGGUGAUCCCCACGAUCAGUUGGCUAUCGCUUACCAUUUGAUUAUCGAUAAUAAACGUUUUGCUGACGAGGCUGCAAAGACAGAGAUCAAUAAUUUUUUCGUAGCCGGCUCGCCGCCACCAGCUGCGCACUCGCCAAGCGAACGCCCUGAACCCAUCGGACCAACCGCUGUCAACACCGCCGGCGGCGGUUCAACCUCCGGUACCUCUACGCCAGGUGGCACCAGCAGCGCCAUGCGUCCACAUCCUGAGCGUAUAGCGCCAAUGCGCGAACGCCAACUCGCCAUGUCGGUGCAGGCAUCGGGCGGAGCGGCAUUUCCUGAGAAAGCCGCACGAGGUACACCCAUCAAGCGCGCUAAAUGGCAUUUGGGCAUACGUUCGCAGAGUAAGCCCAAUGAUAUAAUGCAGGAAGUUUAUCGCGCCAUGAAGGCGCUCGACUACGAGUGGAAGAUCAUAAAUCCAUAUCAUGUACGUGUACGUCGUCAAAACCUCAAGACGGGCAAAUUCUCGAAGAUGUCUUUACAGCUGUACACCGUUGAUUCCAAAAGUUAUUUGCUUGAUUUUAAAUCUUUAACCAAUGAAGAGGUCGAACAAGGCGAUGACGUCAUAUUGGAGAGCUUGACACCACCGCCGCUAAGUGUACAAGGUGCCAUGCCGCAACAGCCAACUGGGCACCACACAAUGGAGUUUUUCGAGAUGUGUGCCGCAUUGAUUAUACAAUUAGCACGUUAAAUGUGGGGAAAAUUGGAAAAUAACUAACAAGUAGGAAGUGCAAAGCAAGCGGGGUACACAAAACUAUUUUGUAGCAAAGUAAAGUGAAGUGGGAGGUGAAGGUGAAGGUGCCUAUUUGGUUGUAACCAGCAUUGGUAGAGCAACCAACAGAAGUUUGUGUAGUAGGAAGUUUUAUUAUAUUGAUUAUCGUAGUAUCGCUAACGCUUUUAUUAGAAAUAUAACAAUUAAAAAAUUGGAAAAAAGAACACACAUCUUUUACGUUACAGCUGAAAAACAUUAACGAGUUAUAUUUUAUUUACGAGUUUUAUAUCGGGUUAUAGCAUUUAUAUAAAUGAAUGAUAGUUUUUUUUCCAAAAUUGAGCAAAUAUUUGAUCAAAAAAUUUAAUUCAGUUAUAAAUCGCUUUAUUUGCUAAAAGCCUAAAUUUUUACACAUUUUAAUUGUUUGUAAUUUAUUGGUUAAUAAUGCACACAUUAUGGCUUAUAUAAAUCGUCAUUAAGUAAACCGUAAUACAUAGUUAUGUAAUUUUUGAUUUAUAAUCAGCAGGCAAUUACUCGUUAAUACAACAUAUGUAUGUAUGUAAAAGAAAAAAAUUAUACUAAACUUAACUGCAAAAUGCAAUGUUGUAAAUAAAGAUUUACGUACUAAAAA